CUCAAACUUGGAAAUGGAGUGGAAGUACAGCAUCUGAAGCUGAAAGCAAAUGGGAACAGUAAUGUUAUCCUCUUCCUCUUCCUCAUCCCAACACAUGGUUUUUCAUCGCCUGCUCCGACCCGCUUCUAUCCUCUCUUUCUCCUUCUUUAAGCAAUCUCUCUCUCUUCUUCCUCAUCAAACGACGUUGCUUUGUCCCAUCACCAUCAACAAUUCUUCGUCCUGUUUCCUUCGCUCUAGAACUUUCUCGAACCUUCCAGUACUUGUCUCUAAUUCUCAAGCCCUAUUGGAAUCCACUGAGGAUGUGGAGGACAAGGAAAUUGCAAAGGAAAAUGGAGAAGUAACUGCUGCUCCGAGCCUGAGAGUGAAGGAGAAGAAAGAACUGCCGAGCCUGACAGGGAAGGAGAAGAAAGAAUUGGCAUCGUAUGCACACAGUUUAGGGAAGAAGCUGAAGAGUCAACAAGUCGGAAAAUCUGGUGUCACUGAUUCUGUGAUAUUUGCGUUAGAUGAGACUCUUGAAGCUAAUGAGCUUCUCAAGCUCAAAAUACAUGGUACCUGUCCAGGGGGAGAGCUGGAUGAUGUUGUAAAGCAUUUAGAGGAAGCAACUGGAUCAGUGGUUGUUGGUCAAAUUGGUAGGACUGUGAUUCUCUACCGUCCAAGCGUGACAAAACUUAAAGCCGAAGAGAAGAAAAAACAGGCUCAAAAUGCUUUUAUGAGAAAAAAACAAUAUGCGGCGAAACAAUCAUUUGAGAGUAAAGGACAAGUACCAAGACCAUAUGCUCGCGGUCGCCGAGGAAGUAGCAGGGUUUAAGUUUCCACCAGAGCCACCACAAUGCUCCCAUGGCUCAGUUAAAAUUUGGCAGAAGUUUCUUAUGAUAGGCGCAUAGUCUGAAGAUGAAGAUCCAAGGGACAAAGAAUUUGCGUAUGAAAUAUCCCAGCUGAAGAGAUGUAUACAAGAAAAGUUAGCAGUUGUACUUUUUCUCCUACUACUACGUUUUUACAAUGUUUGGGCGGGGUGGGAAAUAGUAUCAAAGACGUUCACUUAGAGUAUAGAUUGAUCUCGAAUCUGAUCAUAUCAAAUGUUAUAGUAGGUUGACAUCGAAAAUGUCAUAUUCGUGGUUGCAGAAAUCGUCAAUUUUAACUAGAAGAAAUCUGAAGAAUAGUGCACUUUAUUAAUGGAUCCUUGAUGUCUUAAAUUUACCCUUCUGUAUCAUGGUUCUGACUAAUUGUGGUCACUACGCUGGUAUAGAUAUCUUUUUUAUGCUUAA